GCAAUAACCAUCUCACUUGCUUCCAUUCUCAAAACAUCAAAAUGACGACUUUUCCCUCGUAUCUCCCCUCUCCUCUCUUCCUCAUUUUCCUCUCUCUCGGCACCCUCCGGUGCCUCACAGUGGCAACCGCAAAAUGCCACGUGGAUGAUGCAACUGGUUUGUUGGGUUUCAAAUCGGGUAUCACUGCAGACCCAUCUGGAAUGCUUGACUCGUGGAAAUCGGGUACGGACUGCUGCUCAUGGCCCGGAAUAUCUUGCCGAGAUAACCGGGUCACGAGCUUAUCCCUCUACGGGCAACUCGAAAAACCCAACAGCUUCUUGUCCGGUACAAUCUCUCCUUCACUCUCGAAACUCCGGUACUUAAGUGGUAUAUACCUUCAGAACCUCCGAAAUAUUUCGGGUCCAUUCCCAAAUUUUUUCUUCGGGUUACCGGAUCUCAAAUACGUCUACAUUCAGAACAGCAAGUUAUCGGGUCAAUUACCCAAAAACAUCGGUAAUCUGACCCAACUCGAAGCACUGAGUUUCGAAGGGAACAGGUUUUCCGGUACCAUACCGAGUUCAAUUUCCGAGUUGACUCAGCUGGGUCAGCUCAAACUCGGCGGCAAUCUUCUCACCGGCACGAUUCCACUCGGAAUCCGGCGACUCAGUAACCUCACUUACCUAAGCCUACCCCGGAACCAGCUCUCCGGCUACAUACCCGAUUUGUUCUCAUCAUUCACCAACCUCCGAAUUCUCGAACUUUCCCACAACAAAUUUUCCGGGAAAAUUCCAGCUUCAAUCUCAACUCUCGCACCAAAGCUAGGCUAUCUUGAGCUGGGCCACAAUGCUCUCACCGGACAAAUCCCUGAUUUUCUGGGAAAGUUCCAUGCACUGGACACCUUGGAUCUCUCACGGAAUCGUUUCUCGGGAACUGUGCCAAAAACUUUUGCAAAUCUCACCAAAAUCUUCAAUCUCGAUCUCUCUCAUAACCUUCUCAUCGAUCCCUUUCCGGUGAUGAAUGUGAAAGGUAUUGAGUCACUCGAUUUAUCAUAUAAUGAUUUUCAUUUAGUUCAAAUUCCGAAAUGGGUUACUUCGUCUCCGAUCAUAUACUCUCUCAAGUUAGCAAAAUGUGGAUUAAAGUUCAAAUUAGAUGACUGGAAGCCGUCGGAGACAUACUUCUACGAUUAUAUUGAUCUUUCCGAUAACGAAAUAUUGGGUAGUCCGGUCGGUUUACUGAACCGAACGGAUUAUCUAGUCGGAUUUUGGGCUUCUAAUAAUGGGUUACGUUUUAAUUUUGAGAGUAUGAGAUUUGCCACGACAUUGAAGUACUUGGAUUUGUCUCGAAAUUUGGUGUUUGGGAAGGUGCCCAAGGCUAUUUCUGGGCUCCAAACGGUUAAUGUUAGUCACAACCAUUUGUGCGGUCAGCUACCGGCGACAAAGUUUCCGGCGAGUGCAUUUUUGGGUAAUGACUGUCUGUGUGGUUCUCCAUUACCAGCCUGCAAAGUUUAGGCUACAUUUUCAACAAUUGUUGUCUUGAGCAAUAACCGGUUUACUUCGACUAUGUUCAACUAGCCAAGACAACUCCUUUUUUUUUUUUUUUUUUUUUUUUUUUUGGUCAUGACGUUUAAUCGACAAAUUAACACUUUCAUUGCUUUGACUUUGUUUUGUGGUGACAAUUUACAAUUAUCAAUUGUGAUUGUGCUAAUUCGAGCUAAAGACAAUUUGCUAUAUACAUUUAAUAGCAAAAAUUAGAAUAUACAACGGGAUUGAUCAAA